AUGCUUCCUCGAUUUGGGAGGCCAGUACCUGUACUAAGUAUAAUCAGCAAUCAAGUACUUGAUUAUGUGUAUGAUGUACACAGCCACAGAAUCACGCAGUGGAAUCGCGAAAUUCUUUCGCCGCAAGCCCUUCAAUUACAUAACGACGCUAUUGCUGCCCAGGGAACUGCCUUGAAUAAUUGUUUUGGAUUUGUUGACGGAACAGUUCGUCCAAUAUGCAGGCCAGGGGAACAUCAGCGGGCGGUAUAUAAUGGUCACAAGAGAGUCCAUGCCCUAAAGUUUCAGUGUGUUGCUCUUCCCAGUGGUCUCGUAGGGCAUCUAUAUGGCCCAGUAGAAGGAAGGAGGCAUGAUGCACGUAUGCUUGCAGAUUCAAGACUUCUCAGUGACCUUCAGACGGUUGCAAACUCACCUUUGGGGAAUCCUUAUUGCAUUUAUGGUGAUCUUGCUUACCCUUUAAGGGUGCACCUCAUAGCUCCCUUCAGGAAUGGAGUCUUAACUCCUCCAAUGAUGGAAUUCAACCAGUCAAUGAGCACUGUUAGAGAAUCAGUAGAGCGGCUAUUCAAUGACAUCACUAACUACUUCAAGUUCUUGGACUUCAAAAACAACUUAAAAAUUGGCCUUAGCAGUGUAGGCAAAAUUUAUGUUGUCACUGCCCUCCUUCGAAAUGCCCUCACAUGCCUCUAUGGCAAUCAGACAUCUUGCCUCUUUCAGUUAGACCCUCCAUCACUACAGGAAUACUUUGCUUGA